UUUUAAUAUUUAUUAAAAUUUAUAAAUCAUGUCUAAAAUUGGGAAAAUAGAUACAAUUGUAACAGGACGUAAGCCUAUUCUCAAAAUGGUAGACAGUAUACCCGAUAUAUUUAAGGGCAAAUCAGCUACGGGUGCAAAUCGGUCGACCAUAAUAGACGUCAAUGAGCUGUUGAACUACGAGGUAAGGGGUCUCGUGUCGGACAGCAUACUCCGUAACCCCAACCAUCCCGAGGCCACUGACUGGACAAACAAAUUACUGUCCGAAGCGUACGGACGACCCCUUUUAGAUACCAAUGAUCUGACGUGUUUCACAGACAUGUGUUAUACGACUGCCAAUAAAAAACACAUGUAUGCUGCCAACUAUUGGUGUGUAUUUGCGUUUAUGAUGGAUGACUACAUGGACCAGAUUGUCAUGGAUGAUGCGGGCAAACAACAAAUUUGUGAAUGGCAACAAAAGUACAGAACCGGCAAAAGCGAUGGGAAACUCGGUUUGGAUAGAUUGCUGGUCCGGACACUCGAACUGAAUCGCCAGUACCUGAGCCCCGAUCAGUACGACCGACACGUGCGAGAGGUUUGUGAGUGGAUGGGCACGUAUUUGACUGUCAAUCCAACGAAAUACAAUGCCGACCACCAAAUGCUUACAUAUGAACAAUUCUGGAUACAAAGGGGAAAGGACAACGCCGGCGGAUUGGUUUUUUUAUUUACGGAGUUAAGCGUAGGUUUGGAUCCCAUUGAGCACGGGUUGACUACCGAUCCCAUAUGGAUAUCAUUUAAUACGGCUGCAGCCAAACAGUCCAUACUUGUGAAUGAUGUCUACUCUGUCAAGUCGGAGGUACCCAUAGGUCAGGCUAAAUACAACUACCAGUACCUCAUUAUGUGGCACGAGGGCUGUUCGGCACAGGAGGCUGUGGAUCAUAUUGUUAGCGAGAUCCAUUUCCAAUGGGAACUUGUACUGGACUUUGGGGAACAGUUGAAAGAGUAUGGGAUACCUGCGCUGAGCGCAUACGUGGAUGAAGCGGUUCAUGAGGUGAAGGGUAACCACUUUUGGUCCACUAUUUGUCGCCGGUAUUCAUGGGAUCCUAAAUACAGUCAUUAUAUUAAUACUGGCGAAUAGUUACGUACUGUAUAGUUGGCAACCCUGGUGUGUACCUAGGGUAACCAGAUCCAAAACUUGAAUACUUGAAAGUUAACUCAAAAAUACUUGACAUUAAAUUUGAUUUAAGGUUUAACGGUAAAUAUUUUCACUUAGCGGUAAAUUAACAAAAUUUAGAUAACUAACAAUUUAAUUAUGCA